UCAUGCGAGGUCUACCACGACGCCUACACCCGUCGCGAGGAACCCAAUGAUUUCAGUAUGUGUGGAUUUCAGUACAUUAUGGCGAAGGAAGGGGGCGCACAGAAGUACGAUGCGAACACGGAAGCAUUUCAAAUGCGCGCGCAAUGGAAGAAAACGGACAUGUGUCGCAAACAGUGGCACGAGCGCUGGAGCUGGCUGCUGGAAGAGAGAGCAAAGGCGAUAGAAGAAGCAGACCAAAUUCGUCAGGCGAACACAAAACUUUUUCUCAAGCCCAUAACCAAGAUAGAAACUACUAAGUGUCUUAAACCAGUUCCUCUUACCAGUACUGGCUUCGUUGGAUGGCUAGCUUCCAAACCUGAAUGCAAGCUGGAGAUCUACACGUCUUGGCUCAACAAGCCGGUGUUAAAGCUACCAGACGCCUGGGACUACAAGGACUAUGUCUCUGCCUCCGGGUCGCACUGACUGAUCGAAUACUCCAUCUACUCCUAGAAAAACCUGCCAAAGUUACGAUUGCUAUUUUCUCGGGAUUUCCAGAUAGGCACAACAAUGGAAAUUUGAUACUAAAAGGACUUUGGCCCUGGCAACCUUAAAGUACCUAAUAAUCACGCACAAAUGGACAAUGAGAUACAUUAAAAUGAAACGCAUCAUGAUUGCACCUUCGAUAAUGACUGACCCUGCAGGUCACAGUUGGCUACUUCCAAUGAUAUGUGCCAAAUCCGGAUACGUAUAGGCACUUUUGUAUUAUUAUACCUAUAUUUUAGUACUUAUAUAAUAUGUAUACUUCAAUAUUGUCAGAAAAAUAUAAGUAUUCAACAAUUUACAAAUAAAUAAAUACAGCUACUUCAU